AUGAAAUCAAACAAUCUACCAGUUGACCAGAAACAGAGGAAAUUAACUCAGUUAGCAUCAACACACAACCAAUAUCAACCAUUUUCUUCUUAUUAUCUUUGGUAUCUAAUAGACAGAUUUCAUUUUAUCAUUGAUGACAUUCAAUCAAUUUUAACAUUUACGAAAAAUACUUGUUUUAAUGAAUUUGCGAAUGAAUUUAUGAACGAAAGACAAAAGGCUGAAUUAGAAGGAAAUAAAGGAAAAAGUUUAUUUUGCAAGAUUUCACUUAAUGGAUCAUAUGGUUACGAUGCAAUGAAUACACAAAAUUACGCAAAGACUAAAAUAAUGAAUGCACAGAAGGCACGCGUUGCAUGUAUGUCAAAUAAGUUUAAAAACAUAAGAGAAAUAGGAGAGGAUACGUAUCAAGUGAUGCUUAAAGAUAGAUUUUAUAGAUGUGAUACAUGUUUACAAGAGGCAUUCUUCACUUUAGAUAACGCAAAAUACUGGUAUUUGGUUUUCAUUUAUGAUUUUAUGUAUAAAUGCAUGGAUGUUAAUCGUUUUCAUUUCAUUGAAGGUGAUACUGAUUCAUCUUAUUGGGCAAUCGCUGGCGACCCAAAUCUUCCUAACACUCAAGCAUUUCAAGCAAUUGUAACCGAUAAAAAAUUUUAUGAUAAAAACAUUUACAAAUUCGCACCUUUUGAUUUCUUCUGUUUUAAUGAGAAAUUUAAACCUAAAUUAAAGAAUAAAGCUGAAGAAAAAGCACAUGAGAAGAAGUUAUUGGGUUUAGCAAUUGAGAAACAAGGUGAUAACAUGGUUGCUUUAUGUCCUAAGUGUUAUACUUCAUUCAACGGUUCAAUUGAUGGAAGUGAUUUUAAAAAGAUUGCACAAAAAAUGAAAGGAGUUAGUUUACGACAAAAUAAACAAUUAACACCUAAAAAUUAUUUGGAUAUAAUAAAUGAUAAAGUGAUAUUUGAUGGUCAGAAUAUUAAUUUACAACUUAAAAACGGGUCAAUGACUCGCUUAACAAUCGGUAAGACUGCAUUAACAGGAGCACACACUAAGGCU